ACGGGUUCUUCUAUAAAAACAAGUAGUGGGCGAUCCAGACAGAGCGAGAGCAUUGUAAAAGAGGACAUCAAGAGGGUGCUGUCUUGUUUAUGCCACAAUGGGUCUCAAAGGAGGACUGGUUCUUCUCUUGAUAGCUCACAUUUCAUCGACCAGCGAUGUGAAGAAAGAUUUUAAUGACAAAGUCGGAGCAAAGCAAGGUGAGGGACGUUUUGCAUUUGCCUCCUACUACAACGACCACAUGGUCCUGCAGCAGGCCCCGCAGCGGGCUGUCAUCUGGGGGUACUAUCCCAUGGUUGGCACUCAGAUAAUGAUACAGGCUGUAGAUAUGGCAUACUUUACUUACGUAGAACCUGGCCCGACACCUGAAGAAGGCACGUGGUCGGUGACCUUAGACCCAGUUCCUGCAGGAGGCCCCUACACGAUACACGUGUAUGGCAGGGAUGCAGAAAUCAACAUCACUGAUGUUAUGUUCGGGGACGUGUGGGUCUGCUCAGGACAGUCCAACAUGCAGUUCACUGUGUCUCAGAUGUUUAAUGCGUCUGAGGAGCUUGCAGGCUCCGUCAACUACACUGACAUCCGUAUUUUCACGGUGGACAUGCAACUCUCGACCAUUCCGCUCAUGGACCUCGCGCAGAUCACAGAAACCUGGUCCCUUCCCAGCAGCAUUAAGUUAGGGGGAGGGAAUUUCACCUACUUCUCGGCUGUCUGCUGGCUGUUUGGUAAAUUACUUUAUGAAGAACUUCAGUACCCGAUUGGCUUGAUCGACACCACCUGGGGAGGAACACCAGUAGAAGCAUGGUCUUCCCCUGAUGCAUUGGCAACAUGCGGAUUAACCCAGAAGAGCUUACCUGCGAGCGUCAACAACUUAGAAGGACCUAGAAACUUCUCUGUCCUCUGGAACGCCAUGGUUUAUCCCUUGUUAAAGAUGACCAUCUAUGGAGCCAUCUGGUACCAGGGUGAAUCUGACUCAUCGGAGCCGAUGAUGCAUCAGUACAACUGCACCUUCCCAGCGAUGAUCGACGACUGGAGAGCCAAGUUCAGCGAGCAGUCCGACACCAGCUCCAUCUUCCCUUUCGGUUUCGUGCAGCUAGCACCAGACAGGUCUUCAGACAUCAGAGUCGGGUUUCCGGACAUCCGCUGGCACCAGACAGCAGACUACGGCUACGUGCCCAACUUCCGGAUGCCCAACGUCUUCAUGUCGGUAGCCAUCGACCUGCCUGACUUCGACUCCAUAUACGGCAGCGUCCAUCCACGUGACAAGCAGGAUGUCGCCCAGCGCCUGCUUCUCUCGGCUCUUGGUGUCGCCUACUACAGGGUCCCAGCCAUCACCACUGGACCACUCCCCAUUCGCGUCACUCAGGAUGGUGACAUCAUCUCUCUGGAUUAUGGGGCCCUGUGGGUGCUCCGAGUUCCCAGCACUCUGGGAUUCGAGCUUUGCUGUUCCAGCAACAUCACUGGCACAUGCGCAUACCUGGAUCCCGGGUGGGUGGACGCCCCUAUACUGUCCAACACGGUCUCCGCCGUAGCCCUAGAUGCCACUGGAUGCACCUCGGGUACUUACGCCAUCGGGAUCCGUUACGCGUGGCGUGAGUCGCCUUUCGACUUCAAGAACGCCGCGGUGUACGAUGUGGCCUUUGACCUCCCGGCCCCGCCCUUCAUCAGCUUCAAACCAGAAAGCGCCGGCAGCUUCUUCCAAUACACCUUCGACUGGUCCAAGCCAACCAUUCUUCCCUAAACUGGGAAAGUUUUGCGGUAGAUACGCGUGCUCUGUUUUUACGUUUUUAUUAACUUUUUGUAUGAUAAUGUACCACCUGGCCUGACCAUAGUCUCAGCUGUGCUUCAGACAAUGAUUACUGGCUGGUAUCAAAAAUGCAAAAUCAUUGUAAAAUGAUUGAAACAUUAAAACAUGAAACAUGAAA